GGGGGAAGGGUUUUUUCCUUCCUGCUAAUAUAUGUUUUUAAUUUAAAAAGAUACAACAAGUGUGCUUAGUGUGAUUGGUUAUUAUCCUUGCUUUUUUUUAAAAUGGUCAUGGUUAUGUGUAGAUUUUUCCCCCUACUUUUACUGUGUUCCUGAGCUGAGUCGCCGUCCCGAGUUCUAUUUUGCGUUAACCGAGUUCUUUCUCUUUGCCGCCGCUCUUCUUCCAUUCUUCGUAACCACAAAAAAGGAAGAAAAAAGAACUAACUGCAACUUACCUGAUUCAGUGACCUCUGGAGAAUGGCAACGAUCACAUAUUCCUGCCGCAGAAUGCUAAACUCACCUCGAUUUCGCCUCUCCCGCCGCUUCUCCACUCCUUCCUUCAACCCUCGCCGAGUCGUAGUCACCGGCAUGGGGAUGGUGACUCCAUUGGGAAAUGGAGUGGAGACGACGUGGAAGCGAUUGAUAGAGGGAAAUUGCGGGGUAAGGGGAAUCUCCCCCGACGAUCUCAAGAUGGGUUCGUUUGACGAAGAGACCAAGUUAAGAACUUUCGAGCAGCUGAGCUCCAAAGUUGCCGCGGUUGUGCCUUGUGGAGAAGGUCCUGGCGAGUUCAGUGAGAAGCUGUGGCUUAAUUCCAAGGAGCACAGAUCAAUGGCGAAGUUUAUAGUGUAUGCCUUAAGUGCGGCAGAUGAAGCCUUGAAGGAUGCGAAGUGGGAACCAAUAGAAGAGGAGCAGAGGGAAAGAACGGGCGUCUCGAUUGGUGGUGGAAUCGGCAGCAUAACUGAUAUCCUAGAUGCCUCACAGAUGAUCUGUGACAAGAGAGUUCGUCGGCUAAGCCCAUUCUUCAUACCUAGGAUACUCAUAAACAUGGCUUCUGGUCAUGUGAGCAUGAAGUAUGGAUUCCAGGGACCUAACCAUGCGGCUGUGACUGCAUGUGCUACCGGAGCGCAUUCGAUUGGUGAUGCCACAAGAAUGAUUCAGUUUGGAGAUGCUGAUGUUAUGGUGGCUGGAGGCACGGAAUCCAGCAUAGAUGCUCUAUCAAUUGCAGGAUUUUGCAAGUCCAGGGCUUUAACUUCAAAGUACAACGCAAAUCCCCUUGAAGCUUCACGCCCUUUUGAUAGUGCCCGGGAUGGAUUUGUCAUCGGGGAAGGCUCUGGUGUCUUGGUAUUAGAGGAGCUCGAGCAUGCAAAACAAAGAGGAGCAAAGAUAUAUGCAGAGAUCCGAGGAUAUGGGAUGUCCGGAGAUGCUCAUCACAUUACUCAGCCACCUACUACCGGAAAAGGAGCCAUUCUAGCUAUGACUCGUGCUUUAAAACAGUCAGGUUUGCAUCCAAAUCAAGUGGAUUACGUAAAUGCUCAUGCUACUUCUACGCCUUUGGGCGAUGCAGUGGAAGCCACCGCCAUUAAAACCCUAUUUGGAGAACACGCAGCCUCUGGGGCUCUGGCAUUUUCCUCAACCAAGGGUGCCAUUGGCCAUCUUCUUGGAGCAGCUGGUGCUGUUGAAGCAAUCUUCACCAUAUUAGCAAUCCACAAGGGAAUUGCACCUUUGACUCUUAACCUAGCUACACCAGAUCCAGUGUUCAAAGACGGCUUCAAACCACUGACCUCUUCGCAAGAGAUGCCAAUAAGUGUGGCCAUGUCGAAUUCUUUUGGCUUCGGAGGCACAAAUGCGUGUCUUCUCUUCUCCACUUUAUCAUAGAAGAUUCCUAACGCACAUUCUAGUCUUGGAUAUUGAGUUCCUCAACAUCCCAAAUUUGGCUUGUGCUUAUAAAUCUUGCACGAAGGG